CUGACCUCUCCUAGAGGAACCACCCUUCCCAGGCCAACUUCUUUCUCUUCUACUCACCACUCUUCGCUUGCCCCUACCGAGGAGACCACCGUUACCUUCUGGGAGAGCAGUACUUCGGCUGAGGUCGAAGGAACUGCGGCUGAGUUCAGCAACCCGCCACUCUCUUCGGCAACAUCUCCUACUUCUGCGCAGUUGAGUACCUCGACUCUUGAGGUGAGAGCUUCCACGCCAAAGAGCCCGCCUCUCACGGUGGAGACCGGUGUGACGUCUCUUGAAAGUCAAACCACACCAACCAUCAGCAAGGGUUCUUCCACGAAGGCUGAGCUGACUUCAGCAGAAGCGACCGGAACACCCUCUCCAGCAUCUGAGUCUCCCCUGCCCACGUCGCUUUCCAUGCAGACUGUACCCUCUCGGGCUCGGACCUCGCCGCCAUCAACCCCUCCGGAGACCACCGUUGCGUCCCAAAGCACAAGUUCUUCUAGUCGGGCAGAAUCCACCACAGCCGAAGGAGGCACCACGUCUUCGCUCCUUUCUGCACGCUCAAGCACUGCAGUGCCAGAAAGCACAUCCUCUGCAGAGUCGGUGGCUUCAAUUGGCACCACGACCGCCUCUGUUGGCACCACUGAGGAAACCUCCGUCCAGCGUCCAACCACUCCCUCCCUCGGCCAAUCUUCUGCCACGCCGUCGGAGACAACGUCACUGCAAGAGAGCACAACCCCUCGGCCGCAUUCCGCCUCUUCCAUGACCAAACAGGAGCUGAGCUCUGCUAGUGGAACCACCCGUCCCAGGCCAACUUCUGUCUCUUCUACUCACCACUCUUCGAUUGCCCCUACCGAGGAGACCACCGUUACCUUCCGGGAGAGCAGUACUUCGGCUGAGGUCGAAGGAAUUGCAGCUGAGUUCAGCAGCCCGCCACUCUCUUCGGCAACAGCUCCUACUUCUGCGCAGUUGAGUACCUCGACUCUUGAG